UGGCUCGAGGUUCAAGCGUCAUUAGACGGGGGGGGAUCUCGCGGGUCUGAGCCACUUUAGCGAAGCAGGGCAGCAAUGCCAGCAAAUUCCGAGAAGGAGCAUCUGUCCAUUGUGAUCUGCGGCCAUGUCGACAGUGGCAAGAGCACCACCACCGGCCGCCUGAUCUUCGAGCUGGGCGGACUGCCCGAGCGUGAGCUCGAGAAGCUGAAGGCGGAGGCCGAGCGCCUGGGCAAGGGCUCCUUCGCCUUCGCGUUCUACAUGGACCGCCAGAAGGAGGAGCGCGAGCGCGGCGUGACCAUCGCUUGCACCACCAAGGAGUUCUACACCGAGAAGUGGCACUACACUGUCAUUGAUGCCCCAGGCCAUCGCGAUUUCAUCAAGAACAUGAUCACUGGCGCUUCCCAGGCGGAUGUUGCGCUUAUCAUGGUCCCGGCCGACGGUAAUUUCACGACCGCCAUCGCCAAGGGCAACCACAAGGCUGGCGAAAUCCAGGGGCAGACUCGCCAGCACUCUCGCUUGAUCAACUUGCUGGGCGUGAAGCAGAUCUGCAUUGGCGUCAACAAAAUGGACUGUGACACCGCUGGAUACAAGCAGUCCCGCUACGACGAGAUCGCAAACGAGAUGAAGAGCAUGCUGGUCAAGGUUGGCUGGAAGAAGGACUUCGUCGAGAAGGGGACGCCGGUGAUGCCCAUCUCUGGCUGGAUGGGCGACAACCUUCUGAAAAAGUCUGACAACAUGGGCUGGUGGAAGGGCUGCGAUGUCGAGUACGGCAAGGAGACCAUCCACGUGGACACCGUCUACGAUGUGCUUGACGUGAUGUGCCGCGUGCCGGAGCGGCCCACCAGCGCGCCAAUGCGCAUGCCGAUCUCUGGCAUCUACAAGAUCAAGGGUGUCGGCGAUGUGCUCGCUGGGCGCGUGGAGCAGGGCGUGGUGAAGCCGGGCGAGGAGGUCGUGUUCCUGCCCACGCACACCGCUUCGAACCCGUGCACUGGCAAGGUGUUCACCGUGGAGAUGCACCACCAGCGCGUCGACUUCGCCAAUCCCGGGGACAACGUUGGCCUCAACAUCAAGGGGCUCGACAAGAAUAACAUGCCCCGCUCGGGCGACGUGAUGGUCUACAAGAAGGACACAACCCUGGGUCAGACGAAGGAGUUCGACGCGCAGAUCCAGGUGCUCGACAUCCCCAACGAGAUCAAGGUCGGCUACUCCCCGAUCGGCUUCGUGCGCUGCGGGCGCGCGGCAUGCCGCAUCAGCAAGCUGAAGUGGAAGAUGGGCAAGGAGACGGGUGGCAAGAAGAUGGAGGAUCCCCACUCCCUCAAGUCCAACGAGAUGGCUCAGUGCAGCUUCCAGCCGCAGCAGCCGCUGGUGUGCGACACCUUCAAGAACUGCGAGGGCCUGUCGCGCGUGGCGUUCAUGGAUGGCAACGGCGUUGUGAUGCUUGGCAAGGUCAUCUCGUGCGAGCGCAAGGAGGAGGGCGGCGCUGGCGGCAAGAAGAAGUAAGUCGUGUGAGAGGUCCCGCAGUCGACGCGACGAGCUUCUGACCACGCACACGUCUUUCCAGCGUCCUGUGAGAGAACGCGCGCCCACCUUGGCUACGGGAUUGGGGAAAGAAGCGUUUCCUGCUUACGUGCAUAUCGAAGACGCCUCUGGCGAACCACCGCCGCCCCAAGUUUUUGUUUGCCAAGUUCUUGGCUCGUGUGUUCCCUGA